UUGAGUUUCACGGCGCCCAUUCUUCAGUUGUCUGGCGGGGACGUCAAUGUGGAGAUGGAUGCGGCUUCCGGUGUGGACCUGAGCCGCAUCCUCAAUGAGAUGCGAGACCAGUAUGAGAAGAUGGCAGAUAAGAACCGCAGAGAUGCUGAGGCCUGGCCUCACACCUUUUGUUCUUUCCUAUCUCUGACGGAGGGUCUGAACAGAGAAGUGGCCUCUAACAGCGAGCAGGUGCAGAACUGCUACCAUGAGUUGAAUGAGCUCCGGAGGGUGCUUCAGGGCCUGGAAGUGGAACUGCAGUCCCAGCUCGGCAUGAAAGCAUCCCUGGAGAACAGCCUGGAGGAGACCAAAGGCCGCUACUGCAUGCAGCUUGCCCAGAUCCAGGAGCUGAUCAGUGGUGUGAAGGAGCAGCUGGCGUAGCUGCGCUGCGAGAUGGAGCAGCAGAACCAAGAGUACCAGAUCCUGUUGGAUGUGAAGUCAUGGCUGGAGCAGGAGAUCGCCACCUACCGCCGCCUGCUGGAGGGCGAGGAUGCCCACCUCUCUUCCCUGCACAGGGAAACAAUUCUUCCUUUAGAGACCCAGCUCAUCAUCAAGGAGCAGGGCUCAUCCAGACUCUGCCAGGACCAGAGCUCCAAGCCCUGA